AUGUGUGAUGUGAGCUAUGAUAUGAAUUGGUGGGUUUUGCACAACUCUUUGAAAGGAAUGUCAAAGGAAAGAGAAGUGGAUAGUCUUCAGCAGGGGAGAAGGCGAGGACCUUCAGCAAGGGAAGAGCUUGCAGAAGACAAAGUAGGAGAAGCAAUCGUUAAGCUUCAGACAUCAGUGUGGUGCCGGCCGAAGGCUUUACGAUGCUUAAGUUCGGCAAUUGAGAGCUUCGGCAGUCGGGAGCUUCGGCAGGUGGCUGACACCUUGGAAGAGUGUCUUCCUUCGGCAGGGGAGAAGGCGUGUCUACCUUGGUGCUAG